UUGAGGGGAACUUGAGUGACAUCAAUCUGUACUGAAGUUUUUCUGAAGAUAAACAUUCGCAAGAAAAUUGCUCCUGCAGUACAUCAAAAGUGACAUAUAGCUUGACGGAGGGAUCUUUGGUCGCAUAACAAUGAAAGUGAUAUCAUAUCGUCGUUUCUUUGUCUUGUCAUGACUCUUCAUUAGUAAAAGAUUAAACCUUAUAAAUAGGCUGCAGAAAUUGGGCGGCCUGCCAAAAUACAUCAGGACAUCACAAGAGUAAGCGGUCUAACAUGGAGUUUCCAAUUAAUACAACGGUUAGUUAUCUCAACGGGACCACGUACACGUAUCCCGAGUUUAUCUUCUUUUCCGUUGGGUUCUCUAUCUUGAUAGUCCUGGCAAUCAUUGGUAACAGCCUGGUGUUGGUUGCCGUGGCCCGUACCAAGAAACUCCAGAACGUCACCAACGUGUUCGUGGUCAACCUGAGCGUGACUGAUUGCCUGUCCAGUUUUGGUUUUCUCUGGAGCGUGCCCGGUAUGGCAAGCACCACACCGGGCUACCCGUUGAAGUCCGAUGGUCUGUGCGUUGCGGCGGCCGGUCUUGUGUAUAUAUCUGUAGGAUGCAGCGUGUACACCCUUGUAAACAUCGCCCUUAACCGGUGCAUCCUGAUCACCAGGCCUAAGGAGACCUACCAGUGGCUGUACACACCCAAGAAGAUUGCCCUGAUGGUCUUGGUGUCCUGGUUCGUUCCCUUCUGUGCCAUCGUGGUGCCGCCGCUUUGCGGAGUCGGAGAUCUCGGUUUCGAUCCAGAAAGCCGCACCUGCAGUGACGUGUACACCCAUCCGGGAGCAGCUGCCUUCGACAAGGUUCAGUUUGCGGUCCUGUAUCCUGCGCCACUCCUUGUGAUCAUCGUCUCUUACAUCCUGAUCUGGCGACAUGUCAAACAGCACUUCGCAAACCGCCGUAAUACCACCAUCAAUUUGCAGUCAACAAUGCAACCCUUGGAAUCCGGGUCUACUCCAAAGCCAGACGCUACGGAUACCAACGUUAGCAGCUCCCAGAAACCUCGCGAGACGUCUCCAAGACAUUGCGGGAGUUCACAUCAUCUGAGCCGCAUGAGGAACGAUCAUCUGGCAAUCACCAAGAAUCUCUUCGUGGUAGUCGUGGCCUUCUUGGUUUGUUACUCUCCACUUUGCUUCAUGAUAGUCACAAAGAGCAGUCAUCGUUAUCACCUGUACGGCGCGUUGUUCCUAUUCGCGAGCGGCUGCGUCAAUCCCUUCAUUUAUGCCGCUAAGCAUCCGCAUUUCAGGCCGGUGUUGCGAUCCAUGGUCCGAUGCAGAUGCUCCACAGAGGCAGGAGGAUAAGCAGCCAUUUCAUAUCUAUCAUGACGGAGUUGUUACAAGGGAGGGUCCAGAACUCAAUUUUUGAGGGGGGGGGGGCUUAAACAUGUUUUGGUCCCUCAAAAGGUCGGUCCACAAAAUACGGCAUUCGGGGUCCGCUUAAGGGCCCUGAAUUUUUUUGAUUCUAGAUGCUCUGUGGUGCGAUCUGAAGCAAUUUCUGACCA